CAUAGUUUUUUUUUGGGUGAUAUACAUGUCCAUUUCUCAAAAAGUCAAACGAUCCUUUAUGCAUUAUUACGUGCCCGUCUCUUCCCCUCAUUUCCAUCUCUAAACAAAAGUCGUUCAUUGCAUUUGGAAUUGGAAUUGGAAUUGGAAGAGUGAGCUCUUACAAGGUCAUCCCCUAAUAAAACAGAACCACCAUAUUUUUCUGACCGGCCGCCCGUCCGUGGAGGCGAUGACCACGAUAGCGGUGGCGGUGGAUAUCGGUGGGAACGGUUCGGGAAAUGGUAGCAAACGCGCGGUUAGGUGGGCGGUGGAGAAUCUGGCAUCACAAGCUGAACACUUUGUACUAGUUCAUGUCAUUCCUACCAUCACCCAUAUCCCUACUCCAUCUGGAAAUAGCAUACCGAUCACAGAAUUAGGUACAAAAGUUGUGGCAAAGUAUAUGGAGGAUGCCAGAGAAAAAGCUCAAGCAGUCUUCCUACAAUAUAAGAGACUUUAUAAACCAGGGGAGAUGGAGUUUGAGACCCUGCUGCUUGAGUAUGACAGUAUUUCUGUUGGACUUCUGGAUUAUAUACGAAAGUCGAGUGUCAGAAGCUUAGUUCUGGGAUCUGAAUCACUUAAUCGCUUUUGGAGGAGGCUAAAAGGCCACGGAAUACCACAACUCGUGUUGAAAUCUGCACCUGAUACUUGUGACAUAUUUGUUGUAUCUAAACGGAGAGUUAAGACAAAAGUAGCCAGUUCAAUGACCUCAAACGUAAUGUUAACUGAUGAACAGAGUGCAUCAACAGAAACUGGUUGCAAUAAGCUUCCGAUAGUGUUAACAACAGGGCAAACACCUUUACAUUCUUCUUCUUCGAUUGAGCCAAGCAGCACUGGAUUGUCACAGAUAUCAGAUUUCAGUCAAUCAACAUCUUCGUCCGAUGUACAUGAUGCCCCAAAUGUUAAUGAUUUUAAUGCUCGAAGAAUUACUAGCCCUACCUCCACAACUUCUGCUUACACAGAUCUUUCUUCAGUCGGGCAAAUGUCUGUUCCUGAUUCUCAUGUGUCUUAUGAACAGUUUGACUUGAAUAACGACGUAGAACAACUGCGAUUAGAGUUACAAACAACCCUUGAUUUGUAUAAUCGAGCUUGUCAAGAUCUAGUCCAUGCUCAAAAGAAGGUUCGAAUUCUUUCUUCAGAAUGUGUUGUGGAAGCAGAAAAGGUAAAUGCUGCUACAGAGCGAGAAGAAACCAUGAGGAAAAUCGCCGAGCAAGAGAAAGUGAAGCUUGUAAAAGCCGAAAGAGACGCCCAAGCAGCCAAGAAUAUGCUCGCUAAAGAAUCUUAUGAAAGGCAAAUAGCAGAAGUGAAUGCUUUGAAAGAGCUCAAAGAGAGACAAAAAGUUGUUGAUAAUCUCAUCUCAAAUGAAAGGAGAAUCAGAAGGUACACCCCAGAUGAGAUUCGAAUGGCGACAGAUGACCUUUCGGAGAAGAAGGUUAUUGGUGAAGGUGGUUAUGGUAAAGUAUAUAGAGGUACUCUUGAUCACACACCGGUUGCGAUAAAGGUGCUUGAGCAUGACGCGGCUGACAAAAAAGAGGAGUUUCUCAGAGAGAUCAGAAUCUUGAGCCAGUUAUGUCAUCCAAACAUAGUCUUACUACUCGGAGUAUGUUCCGAAAUGGGUUGCCUUGUAUACGAGUACAUGGAAAACGGAAGCUUAGAAGACCAUAUCUUCCGCCAAAAGGGAAGACCGCCUCUCCCUUGGUUUGCCAGAUUCCGAAUAGCCUUUGAAAUCGCGUGUGGUCUUGCGUUCCUACACCGCAGAAAACCUGAACCAAUUGUACACCGUGAUCUCAAACCAGGAAACAUCCUUUUAGGAAGAAACUAUGUAACCAAAAUUAGUGAUGUUGGGUUAGCCAAACUUGUAUCUGACAACAUCCCAGAUUCAGUUACCAUGUUUGGAAACUCCUUACUUGCAGGAACUUUGUACUAUAUUGACCCAGAAUAUCAAAGAACAGGUACUGUCAGACCAAAAUCAGACCUGUAUUCUUUUGGGAUAAUACUUCUUCAGUUGUUAACAGCCCGAAGCCCAAAUGGGCUUCUGUUGGUUAUGGAGAACGCGAUUGCUAGUGGAUCAUUGCCUUAUAUACUAGAUGAUUCGAUCAAAGAUUGGCCACGUGCUGAAGUAGAGGAAUUGACUAAGCUUGCAUUGGAAUGUUGUAAGUUGAGAUGCAGAGAUAGACCUGAUCUUGAAACUGGUGUUCUUCCAAUUCUGAGGAAACUUGCUGAUGUUGCUGAUGCUAGCAUGAAAGUUGAAAGGAAUAGCAUUUUUGCACCUAGCCACUACUUCUGCCCUAUUCUUCAUGAAAUCAUGGACGAUCCACACGUUGCAGCAGACGGAUUUACAUACGAGCGUAGAGCAAUAGAAGCAUGGCUAGAAAGGCAUGACAUAUCUCCAGUGACAAAACAAAGAAUGACUCAUUUUAAUCUUACUCCCAACAUGACUUUGCUUACCGCCAUACAAGAAUGGAAAUCGCGUCUAGCUUCUUCUGUACACGCCUGAUGAAGAAGAUGAAGAAGAUGAACUAAACCCAAACCCAUCAAAGACUGUAUAGCUUCACACAUAUUUGAAUUUUUUUUUCUUCUCUAAGGCUUUGUUUGGUUUGGUGUAAAACGUUUUCAGCGCUGGAAAACAUUUUCCAAGAUUCCAUACUAGUUUUCUUUUUGUUUUACACCCUACCAAACAAAGCCUAAUUUAUUCACACAGCUUAAUUCGGUGUAUAUAUGAGUAGUUGGUUGAAUUACAUUGGUAGCUGAUGAAUCACAUAAUAUGGUUCUAUCUCCUGAGUCCAACUGCUCUUCUUCUUACAGAAUUAUCUAAAGAGUGCAUUAUAUUGCAUACACUUUGUACAUCACCCAAGUCUUGAAAUCAUUCGAUUUAUGCGAUAAUUAUUUUACUCA